AUGUCUUUUCCUUCUGGUCGACGCCAUUUUCCUUUUGCUUUAUUUUUUUUCCCCUUUUUGUUCUACCCUCCUUAUUCAUCAUGGAUUUUUCGUAUUUUUCUUUCUUCCAAGAAGAAUGAGGAGAUAUUCAACAUUUUGAUUAUGCCUCUGGUAUCAUGCUCUGUUUAUCUAUCUUUAACUGCUUUUGUUAUUUUCCUUUCUCUCUCUUCUUUUUCCCUCUUUCUCUCCCCACUUUUCUUUCUUUUCCUCUUCAUUCUUUCUUUUCCCAUGAAGAGAAUUGCUUUAACUGGACCUCUCUCUCUCUUUCUCUCUCUCUCUCUUUCUCACCCCCCCCCCAAUUGUUUUCUCUCUUUCUGUCUUCAUUCUUUCUUUUCACUAAAGGAGAAUGACAACUAUUUUUUCUUUCUCACUCUCUUUCUCUCUCUCUUUCUUUCUAUUUCUUUUUCUUUUCUUUCACCUCAUUGUUCUUUUUCUCGAUGUUCUCUUUCUGACCCUAACCACUUUUCUCUUUCACUUUGCUCACCGUUUUUUCACAUACUGAGAAGGGAUUUAACUGACUUUUCACUCUACCCCGCACUCUCUCUCUCUCUCUCUCUCUCUCUCUAUCUAUCUAUCUAUCUAUCUAUCUAUCUAUCUCUCGCUGUACCUAUCUUUCACUUCUUUUAUUUCUCUCCUUUUCUUUCUCUAUUUUCCUUUUUCUUUCUCGUUUUUUCUUCAUCUCUCUUUUUUCUUUCCGUUGCUUCUUCUUCUUGCCUGUUUUCUCUCCCCCUUUAUCUCAUCAUUUCUUCUUCUUCUCUGUUUUCUCUUCCCCUUUAUCUCAUCAUUUCUUCUUCUUCUUCUUCUUCUUCUUCUUCUUCUUCUUCCCUGUUUUCUCUUCCCCUUUAUCUCAUCAUUUCUUCUUCUUCUUCUUCUUCUUCUUCUUCUUCCCUGUUUUCUCUUCCCCUUUAUCUCAUCAUUUUCUUCUUCUUCUUCUUCUUCUUCUUCUUCCCUGUUUUCUCUUCCCCUUUCUCUCAUCAUUUCUUCUUCUUCUAA